AUGGACCAAAAAGUUUCUAGUUAUUUGGUUCCUCGUGAAGUUCUUUUGCGGUAUGGUGGAAUAACCAAUGAUCAGAAGAAGCAUUUGUACAGUGAAAUACAUUCGUUGGAUUUCGUGUAUAUACCAAGCUUUCUGAAGUCACAAGGGUCCGGUGUUGAACUUCUAUAUCAGUACGGUGUUUGUCAAUCUCCGAAGGAUUUUGAUGGUCAAAUUUAUGAAUAUUUUGUGUGCCCUACAUCGCUAAAUGAAAAGCUUGGCUCUUUCGAGGGCGAGCAAAGAUUUUGUUGUGGAGCACCUCCACUGCAAUAUUGUUGUACAUCCACCCAGUUUUCAUCGGGAAUUCAUAUUGUACAAUCAGAUCUUUUAAUUUCACCUUCGAUUUUUAUUGGAGGCAGUCUUGGAUUUCUUUUAUUUGGUAUCUUUUUCGUAAUAUACGCAUAUUCAAGAUUAGCACGUAAUCUUCGUAAAGCAUCUAAUAAGUUAUUUUACGAAACAAACUUUGGUGUAUUUGCUUCACCUGCUUUCCAUGAGCCAAUACAAAAUUUAGAGCUGGCCACUUCAUCUGAUAUACAAUCAAGUGGACCACCUAAGAAGAUGUUACUCUCUGGUGGUAGUAGAUUAACUAAAAUUUCUUCUGAAAAAUCUGUCUCUGGAAAUCCAUCCCAAAAUACAAAUUUUACUACUAACAAUGAUCACUUGUUGGUAAUAUCUGAUAAUUCCGAAAGAGAAUCAAUUAAGAAUUCAAUUCAUCAACAUAAAUCAAAACAUUCUUACAUAAUAAAUAAUAAUAACAAUAAUAGGAAGAAGAAGAAAAAGAGGAGAAAGAAUGAAAAUUCAACAUCAAUCAAAGCUCGACCUGUACUGUUGAAAAGAUCAUCGUGA